AGAACUAUCGUUUCAAAUCUUGACGAUUCUGUUUCUGUUUUCAUCUAGGGUUUCUGUCGAGUGUUCGUUGUAAUUUGAAAUUGGAAUGAUGCUCUGUUUGAUGCUAAUGCGUGCGAUUAAACUGAACACAGUUCGAUUAUUGUUCCUGUAUCUAUGUUCGUUUGCUUUUUUUUUCUUUUGAAUGAUCGUUGCAAUAUCAUUUGUGUAGGGAUUGGAUCUUCAGAUCGAUGUAUUUUUAAUUUGUUAGGAACCGAUUGACUCAAAAUACUUGUGAACUAAAUCCAAUAAAAUCCCCGUUCAUUGGUAUGAUCUUGUAUUCUCAAUAAGGACACGACAGUAAAUAGAUUUACCACUCUGUUGAGAAUUUAGACUCUGUUCUUUGAAGUUCUUAUGAACUUUCUAUACCGUGCUUUUCAUUCGAAGUUCAUCAAGCUUAUAGCUCCCUUUUAGAGACAGGUUUCUUUUUGUUUUCUGCCUAAUUUAAAGAGAAAGAUUGCGAUAUUUUUAGUUUUAUGUCAAUUAAACACUCUUUGCAUACCUUAGCAUGAUUGUUUAGUCAAUCAAGUCUCUCAUAUCCAAACUUUUUCCAGGUUUGUGGUCUGUUAAGACUUUUAGAACUGCUGUUGGUUGAAAGAAUUGGAUAAUCUAGAGUAAGGAUGACAUUAUUGUCUGGAAGAAGUUUUUCAUUGAACCCCAAUGCUCCAAUCUUCAUUCCGUACGCUCUUCGUAACGUCGAGGAUUUCUCUCCAAAAUGGUGGGAACUCGUCACGACGUCGCCGUGGUUCCAGUACUACUGGUUAAGCCAACAUCAGGAAGAUGAUUUCGACAGCAGUACCAAUGAUUUAGUCACUACAGAAGAGUUUCUUGAUCUGGAAGAGGCGGAGUUUGAGGCUAUGGUUCAAUCAACUGAAGCAGAUGAGACGCCUGAUAUUAAACCAACCGCUCCUAAGAAUCUCAUAAAAGGUGCAAUCCAUGAAAAUGGAUGUCAAAAGAUUAUUGGAGGAUCUAGUCAUUCCAAAAUCUCCAUAAGGCUCCAGUUUGUCCUGCAAAGUACAGUGAGAAGUCAGCUAAGUGCAGGAGCCCCAAACACACUCCAAGGUUCAUUCACCAGCCUCGUUGAAAAAGAGAUGCAAACUGGAUGCUGGAAGUUCAAUCGUGUUCGUCGCGGUCGUGUACUCGGAACGAGUAGAAUCGUCUUGUCACACAGUUCAUGAAAUUAGAGCUGCAUAAAGAAGUUGAUUCCAAGCAUCAGGGAGGCCAGCAAUGCACCAAUGUAUGCAGUCCAUUUCUCUAAGGCCACUGUAGGUGCCUGGAUGAGCAUCUUUUCUAAGCUGAGACAGAGUUGUUAUGUUGAUCAAGUGAACUGGGUUUGAUAUUCCAUUCAAUACUUUCUGGAGUGUGAAUGAUGCUGCUGGCAAACCUCCUGGGUAUGUUGAUCCCGCUACUGGACUUGUUUCGUUCCCACAAUUUUUUACUCCCUGCUCGUUCCAGUCUUUGCCACUAUCG